GGGGGUUUGAAGAUUAAGCCCGCAUAAUCUCAGUGUGUUAAACAAUCAAGUGUGCGUCAUUUAAACGUCAGCGAACCCCUCUGAAAGGUGCGCCGACACAAUUAAGAGCUGAAUGGGCUCCUUUGAGACGAUCCAAAGUUCCUCCCCUCAUGUCUCCCUCCGUUUCAAUUUCACUCCUGCUGCCCCGGCCAGAGAAAAGCCUUGCAAGUUGACGUCACGAUCUUAUACAAGAUAAGCCCCGAGGUUUAUUGUGACCGCAGUGAAUGAUUUACGGUAUAUAAAGAGAGCGGCUCCGCUCCUUCUUCCAGUGGGCGACCCCGGCGGCUACGGAAGAAAAGCUGACCGAGCGAAGAAAGCUUGUUGCAGGCAACUUUGUGUCCCCGCGUUUGAUUUAUUGACAUUCUCCUCAAAACUCCAGCGGGAUAUUCAAGCAAGCACGAGGAGCGGCGCUAUGGAGGGGAUCGGCAAAGCAGAUGCCGGGGCAAAGAAUGGAAGCGCAUCUGCGGUCGGGAUGAAAGUUUAAAGACGGAGCGAACGGCGGGCGCCUACAGGCUGAAAGAAAGACAAGGUGGAAGAGCGAAAUAAAAAAAAAAAACCCCACAAACAUGGGCAUGCUAAGCGUGGACGUGCUGGUGACACUGCAGAUCCUCCCAGGCUUCUUCUCCAACUGCCUUUUCUUGGCCAUCUAUGAUUCGGUGGUCCUGGUCAAGCGCAUCGUGUCCCUGCUGAGCUGUGCCGACGGCUCAGGUGCUCCCGGCGAGUGGCAGAGGAUGCUCACCUCGGCGGGUCUGCGCUCCAUCUGGAACAGCUUUCUCCUGGACGCAAACAAGCAGGUGAAACUGGGAAGUGAAGCACCCAACUCUAAAGUGGUUCACGUGACUGGCUCUGGUGGCAGCAGAAGGAAAAAUACAAGUGGCAAAGGACUCAUGGAAUGCCAGAUACUGGACUUUGAAACAUCAGACCGUCCUCUGAUUGUCAACUUUGGGUCUGCUACCUGACCCCCGUUCAUCAACCAGUUGCCUGCCUUCAGGCAGCUGGUUGAGGAGUUCUCCGAUGUGGCCGACUUUCUUUUAGUCUACAUCGACGAGGCUCACCCAAUAGAUGGCUGGGCAGUCCCAGAAGUGGAAUGCAAUGCCUUCAAGAUAAGAAAGCACCGAAAUUUGGAGGAGCGCUGCCUAGCUGCCCAACAGUUGCUUGAGCGUUUUGCCUUGCCUCCACAGUGCCAUCUGGUGGCUGAUUGCAUGGACAACAAUGCAAACGUGUCCUACGGGGUCGCCUUUGAAAGGGUCUGCAUUGUGCAAGAGAAGAAAAUCGCCUAUCUAGGAGGCAAAGGACCUUUUUUUUAUAAUGUUAAGGAGGUCAGGUAUUGGCUGGAAAAGAGCUAUGGAAAACGGUAAAAAAAAAAAACAGCUGAUCUGUGCAUUCUCAGACUUGACAGAAGAACAAGAAGAUAAGAGUGCACUGUGAGGGCAGUGCCAAAUACUUAAGUCAAACAGUGCUUAGAAAUGACGGGUCAAUAAUAGCUGAGAAAAUCUGUUACACAUUAACGACCCCACAGCUGGCGACGCAGGCAGGCCAGGUCAGAAUGUCGUGAUCUCAAACCACAGCGAUGGAAAAUAAAAAGAAAAAACGCUGAACUGUGCAAACAAAACACAGCUCUUUCCAAAAAGACUUUUUCCUCUUUUUUAUCAUUUUUUUUUUCUUUCGUUCUAGUUCAAACCUAUUCCAGCACCGACUGACUGAUCUGAAAUGAGAACACCCAGCACCAACUUUUAUAAGCCUAAUUUAUUUUUAUGAGAGAGAAAAGAAAAAUUAUAUAUUUUUGUGGUUUUUACACUCUUGUGAUGUGUAGUCUUGUAUUUUCAUGUGAAAGCUCUUGUUUCCUUAUUUAAAAAGAAGGCAGCCUCUUUUGUGUCUAACUUUAACGUACAGUUAGUUUUGUACGAAUGGUCAUUAUGUACUCCACCAAAGGCAUAAUUUGUAAUUCACUCUACCCUGGCAAGAAUAUGUGGAAUUUAUCCCGUUAAUAUGUUAAGGAGCGCUGCUGUUGGGACGUUUUAGUUCUACCACUCCAUCCUUUAGCUUACCAAAUAUCAUGAGGCCUAAUUACAUUACUCUCUUAAAAUUUCACACAAAAAAAGACAAUCCGACUGAGAAAGCCAAGAUCGAUCAUUUGCUCAUUUUGACAUUAUCAGGUCCUUAAAAAAAUAAGUACUCUGGUCACAUUCAUGUCUGUGCUGUACAUACAGGAUAUCGUAUGGUCACUACAUGGGGGUAUCUCUCGAACCUUAAAUAGUAAAGCAGGCCGCCCGUCAGUCCACCAUUAGCCUGGGCUGAUUUAGUCCUAAUGAUCAUUUCAUUUCAAUUAGUCUGACACCUAGGCUGCAUCCACACUGCUACGUUUUCAUUUAAAAUGAACGACCCCGUCCACAGUGGUAUUGUCACAUCGUUUGUGAAAGUUUUGUCCAUCCUCACUAAAACAACUGAAAAUCUGACAUAUGCAUACAUACUCCACGCGUAGGCAAACGUAUCAAUGGUAAAAUUUUUGAAGGGGUGGUAACACCUCCAGCCAUGAGAUUUAUCGUUAAUGUGUAGUGAUCGGUACGUUAUUUGCCAUUUUGCGCAUGUAUGAAGCAUUCAAACUGUAUGAAAUGCAGUGUAGAUACAGGUAAGCAGCACAGUAAGCAUCAUAGAAAACAACUCCUCUGUGCCCACUAUCUUGGGAUAUGGUUUUCCUCCAUGAAGGGUGACCAAUCAGGGAAUGAGACGUUACAAUGAGCAGGAUCCAAUCAGGGAAGGGCCACAUAACAAAUCAAAGUGUGCUUACAGUCUGCGUUUUUUUAAAGUCUGUGUUUUCUCCCGUCCCCACUGCAACUCUGAGCCACCAUUUUCAGAAAUAUCUAGCUCUGGAGAGUGCUUUCAAAAGUCUCUGUUUUCGGGGGUUAAAAUCGCCAGGGUAGUGUGGACAAAAGGCAUAAGAGGAGUGUCUGUCUUUGUAAAAGAAUACGUGGUCACACACAGCUCUAGUUGCCUGUACAGAACGUCAUACUGUUAGGUUGAUUAUUGGACUCCGUUAACCUCACUGGGUAUUUAUAUGCUAGUAAGAAUCAUUCCUUCCUUAUUAGUCCAUGACACAUACCCAGCUCAUCCCAUCAUAUCUAUAAGGGUAGGGCCAGUCAUUAUCCCGAAUCGCUGGGCCUUACAUUCUAGUAAGGAUUGUUCCAUCUCUAUUAAUCUUUAACAAACUCACACACACAAUGUUCUGCAUAUGUUCAAUACUGUACAUUUUUAAUUGGACAGGAUACAAUGAACCUAAUUUAAUAUCACUGUGGGCUAUGUUGGUAUUAAUCAUUAUAUCUUCAUUAGCCCAUAACACAUACAGAGUAUUUCCAGAAUUUCGGAUCAUUUCCUUAUGGUAGAGAUAGAGGCGGACCCGUGGCCUACUUUAAUGUUUUGGGGAUUUAUGAUUUAGUGAGGAUUGUCCCAUCUUCAUUAGCCCAAAACACAUUCAGAUCUCAUGGAGUAUUUCCGGAAUGUCAGAUGAUUGCUUUAUGGGCAGGAUAGAGGUGGACCAGUGGUCUACUUUAAUGAUCUAGUUAGGAUUGUCCCAUCAUCAUUUGCCCAUAACACAUAUAUUUUCAGUCAUGGAGUAUUUCCAGAAUGUCGGACCAUUACUUUAUGGGCACAAUACAGACCAGUAAUUGGCCUAAUUUCAUAUUUUUGAGUCUUGUAUUCUAGUAAGGAUCAUUCCAUCUGAAUUAAUCAUUCUCAGUUUGUUCCGCAUAUAAGGAAUAUCCCCCACCAUUUUCUAAGUCCGAUUAAUCCUGAGUAGGGCUGUGGGAGGGCCGGAGCAAGCACACACUCGCCCUCCCAGCAGCCAGUCCCCAUAACCUGCAUGUCUUUGGACUGUGACACAGGGACAGCAUGCAAACUCCAUGCAGGGAGGACCUGCAAUGUGAACCCUGGUGUCCUUACUGUGAGGUAGCAGCGCCAACACUGCGCCACCAAUACAGAAUAUUGUAAGAAGGAGGUAGAUUGAUUACUAGUCUACUUAACAUGUCUUAGGGUCUUAGAUGCUAGUUGUGAUUGUUUCGUCUCCAUUUGUCCAAAAGACACAGAUGUACAUGGUGUAUUUAUAAAAUGGGCAGGACACAGAUCAAUAAUUGACCUAUUUUAGUAUUUUAGUCUUGUAUUCUAGUAAGGAUCAUUCCAUCUCCAUUAAUCUCUAACACAAUGUCAGUAUGUGCUGUACUGUAUAUACAGAACAUUCUAAGGCUAUUUAUUAUAUGAUCACCGGCCUCUGUACAUAUCAUGGGGUCUUGAAUGCUAGCCGUGAUCGUUACAUCUCCAUUAGUCAGUAACACAUACACAUCUCAAAGCGUAUUUACAGAAUGUCGCGAGGUUCUUCUAUGGGCAGCAUACAGGGGUCAGUGAUUGGUCUACUUUCAUACUUUUCACUCUCUAACUUCUAGUAAGGAUCAUUUUAUGUCCAUUAAUCCUUAACACACACACACACACACACACCUCGUGCUGUACAUACUGAAUAUCAUACGGUUAUUAUGUUGGCAGAGCGUAGGUUAAACAUUAGCCUGCUUUGUUAUCUCAAAUUCUAAGUUGGCCCAUAACACCCCCACAUACCUUGUGCUAUGUACUUAACAUAUUCUGUUGUUACAUGGGUGAGAUGCCUCCCUUCUUAUCAUUUUGUGAAUAAUCAUUUUCAAAAUAGCCAAGUGAGUUCCAUCACCAGCAUUUGUUCUUUUGCGGCAAGUUGAAAAACAUUUGUCAAGUCGAUAUCAUGCCAUUCCACGAUAAAAUUAAAAAAUAAAACUCUGACAUAUGCAGACUACUGAAUAAAAUGAAUUUCUAGCCGUCCCCAUCAGUCUCUUGCAAAUCACUUAGAGCUCAUUCUUACAAACCACUUUUUAGCCAUUAGCAUACAAAUACACGGCAGCGACGGCAGUGAACCAUAAUGUGUCAGCCAUUCUGCUCAUAAUUAUCUGAGAAAAAAAGGCUUCAUAACUUCAACGUACGCGAGUAAGUGACUUACUGAGGUGCUAAAAUAAGUAGCAUAUUGCACUAUUGUUGUUGGGAAUGGGGAAGAUUUUUACAAUUUUAUUAUGAAGAUAGUUGAAGAAACCAAAAUGACACUGCAUUUAAUAAUAAUAAAAAAGAAAAAAAAAAGUGCUUUUAGCGUGGCGUUUCACGGCAGCCGAGCAGCGUUUCAGUUUCACAGAGCGCGGGGUGUAUGGAUGAAAAUCCCUGACGAAAGGGUUGUGCUACUCGGUCAGUGAUUAGAUGUAAUGACACCGCCGUCUCCUAACUGUCUCUUCGAUCUGCCUGGGCUUUAGGGCUACUUGAAGUCAUUUGCAGAGGCAAGCUCAGAAUUGCUGUACAAGGCUGCAGAGGCCAUGCUACUUUUUUGAAUAAAAUCCAUAACAGAAGAA